AUGGCCACCAAGAUAAUAAACACGCUUCUUCAGGUUCUGAUCCUGCGUUCUCGGAUCAAAGCAGUGGAAAAUUAUUAUGCCUCUAUUAGUCCGCAAUUAAUACACUGUGUGAACAAUUACACCCAAUCUUAUCCAAUGAGGAACCCAACAGAUAGUUUAUAUUGCUGUGGCAGAGCUGAAGACCAUGCUUGCCAAAACGCCUGCAGGAGAAUUCUGAUGUCUAAGAAAACAGAAAUGGAGAUUGUGGACGGCCUCAUCGAGGGUUGUAAGACCCAGCCCUUGCCUCAGGAUCCUCUCUGGCAGUGUUUUCUCGAAAGCUCACAGUCUGUUCACCCUGGAGUCACUCUAUACCCUCCUCCCUCUAUGGGCCUUGAUGGGGCUAAAUUGCAUUGUUGUUCUAAAGCAAAUACUUCAAAGUAUAGGGAACUGUGCACUAAACUUUAUAGCAUGAGCUGGGGCAACACCCAGAGCUGGCAAGAGUUUGAUCGCUUUUGUGAAUAUAAUCCAGUGGAAGUGUCCAUGUUGACCUGUUUAGCAGAUGUUCGGGAACCUUGUCAGUUGGGCUGUAGAAACCUUACCUACUGUACUAAUUUUAACAACAGGCCAACAGAACUUUUCUGGAGUUAUGCUCAGUCAGAUCAAGGAGCCACGAAUGACAUGAAGCUGUGGGAAAAAGGAAGCAUAAAGAUGCCAUUUAUCACUGUACCUGUUCUUGACAUUAAAAAGUGCCAGCCAGAAAUGUGGAAAGCAAUAGCUUGUUCACUGCAGAUUAAACCCUGUCACAGUAAAUCCCGGGGAAGUAUUAUUUGCAAAUCAGAUUGCAUGGAGAUUCUCAAGAAAUGCGGGGACCAGAACAAAUUCCCCGAAGACCACACAGCUGAAAGUAUCUGUGAGCUUCUGUCACCCACAGAUGACCUGGAGAGUUGUAUACCUUUGGAUACCUACCUCAGGCCAAGUACUUUAGGUACCAUUGUGGAAGAGGUGACUCACCUUUGUAGCCCAAGUCCCUGCCCCACCAAUGAGCUCUGCGAGGUGAACCGGAAAGGGUGUCCGGCCGGAGAUCCCUGCCUUCCAUACUCUUGUGCUCAGGGUUGCAAAUUGGGAGAAACCUCUGAUUUUAUCGUGCGUCAAGGGACACUGAUCCAGGUGCCAUCAUCUGCAGGGGAAGUUGGUUGCUAUAAAAUUUGCUCAUGUGGACAAAGUGGACUCUUGGAAAACUGCAUGGACAUGCACUGCAUAGACCUUCAGAAGUCUUGUAUUGUCGGAGGAAAGAGACCUCCCCUUAUCCCUCCUUGCUCCACCUCAUCCCCAACUGUCUCUGACAUUCCAGAAGCAGCUUUGAACCGAGCUUUGAAGGUCCCAGGUGGGAGUUGCAACUCAUCUCUGAGUUUCUUCCUGAGCUCUGGCCGCUGGGCCCUAGGUCCUGAUAGGAUAUCUGGCCUUGGCAGGUUGGAGCCAUCAGAGGAGAGAAAUGCUCAGAGGCUCUGA